UGAGUGAAGAUGAGAAACAACCAUCUCUGGCGGAUGAUGGAACAGGAUGCGAUCCGGAGAAUGGUGGAGGAGAUGUUGCCUUAGAAAAGAUCGCGGCUUUUGAUGAAGCCACCCCUGGGGAACUCACCAACGACCCUGCCAAUGAAUCACCGACAGGCAACGAUAUGAUGGCGGGAGAGAAUACUGAUGUCGCCAUGGAGAUGGAUGCUGCAUCCGAAAAGGCUGGUGACACGGCAGAGGAAGAGGAUGAAGAUGACGAUGAUGGAGAUGACGGGGAAGACGAGAAUGAUGAUGACGAGGAAGAAGAGAUAUACAAGUGCGAUGUCUGCAGUGAGACCUUCAACAGUAUUACGGACUUUAUGGAUCAUAGAAAUAAAGACUGCCAGUCAGAUGACAGUUUGAUUGCGGGUGACGUUGAGGGAGAAGCCCAAUAUCGACUUGAACACAAGGGACUUGUCUCUGCAGUUGAUAAGUCCUUACCGUAUCCCUGCCAGUACUGCGAUAAGUCCUUCUCAAGACUUCGCUUCUUGAAAAUUCAUGAGCAGAGCCACAGAGAUAAGCUUAAAUUUGAAUGCACUUACUGCGCUCGCCUCUUCAAACAUAAGAGGAGUUUGGAUCGGCAUGUGAAGCUACACACUGGCUUCAAGAAGUACCACUGUCCAUACUGUGACGGAGCAUAUGCCCGCAGCGAUCAUCUCAAGACUCAUAUCCAAACUCAUAUUAAAGGCAGUGUGAAGAAACAAGGACCCGCUAGCCUGCACCUUUGUCCAACUUGCAACCGUGGCUUUCUAACUAGUCGAGCUCUGGUGCUCCACCAGAACACAUGCAGUAAGUCUAGCCCUGAAGAAGAUCUAGCUUUCAAGUGUGAUCAGUGCUCUGUUUAUUUCUUAUCAGCAGAGCAACUAGAUGAGCACAUGGCCCAACAUGCAAGCAGCAGUGGUGUGGCAGUAGAGUAUCCUGAUGGGGAGGUUAAAUCCAAUCGACCCAAUAAGCUGGAUGUCCAGGACAAUAGCAAUCACAGCAUCAUAAUGGAGCCUUCCAGCUCAUCCCAACCAAAUAGUCAGAGUGGAACACCAGAUAUAUCCUUGAAUUGUCCUCACUGCUCAUGGACAAAUUUCCCAAAUGCAGAAUCCCUGAGCAUACACAUCCAGCAGAUACACAUAAAAUCUCCUUCAACACCACAGAGCUAUGUCUGCCACUAUUGUGGGAAGGAGUAUCCAAGUCUGUUUAACCUGAAAGAGCACAUUUCAGCCCUUCAUGAGAAUGAAGUGAAAAACCUACAAAGUGGGGACGAAGCUUGCAAUUUCAUCUGUGGAUACUGCACAAUGAAGUUCAGCUCUAUGACUGAGCUACAUGAACAUGUUAAAGGUGUGCAUUCUAUGACUGGACUUAUUUCUUACCGGGAAGAUGGCAAACUUGUCUGCCCAUACUGUAAUGCAGCCUUCCCAAGUGAGGUAGCUCUCAUGGAUCAUUUCAGGAAUGUCCAUAAUUCUUUUGACAAUGCCAAGGAUUGUUCCAAGCUUCAGUGCCCUCACUGCACCAAAACAUACCCCAACGAACGGUACCUCCAAGAACAUAUGAAGAGAAGUCACUGUAAACCUUUAGACAAAAUGAAGUACCCUUGCCCAUAUUGCAUCAAGCAAAACCUCUUUGACUCCAUUGAGCAGCUGCAACUUCACAUUGAAGUUUUUCACAAGAGCUCCCACACUCCUGUUUACUUAAAUUCCGAAUCUACUUGUAGCUCAAGUUCUGGUAGUAUCCUUAAAGAUCAGCUAAGUGGGAAUCACUCCAGUAGCAAAUCUAAUGCUGACAAACUGUCCCCACCUCCUAUUUCGAUUCCCACAUUCAAAGUUACUAAGGACGUAAAAAAGGAAACAAAAGUGGUGAAGAAAGAGCCAGCCACCAGCCCCUUACCAACCCCUGUUUCCAUUUCAGUAUCGCCACCAGAGGAUCAAGAACACCAAUCACAAACCGGUGAAGAUUCUACAAAUGAGGAGACUAAGGCAUCUUGUCCCACCUGCCACAAUGAAUUUUCCAACAAAGAACAACUGCUUGUACAUGUCUUAACCCAUUUCAAGAGUGUGUCCAAGGAGUAUGUGUGUAAAGAUUGUGGAAAAUCUUUUAAAAAGCCAGAUGAACUCCAGAAACAUCUGUUUGAAAUCCACGCUCACCAUCUUUUCAAAUGUUCCCUCUGCAAAGAGGUCUUUGACUCUAAGGUUUCUAUUCAGGUGCACUUUGCUGUGAAACACAGUAAUGAAUACAAGAUCUUUAGCUGCACUAAAUGUGGAGUAGUGUACAAUGCUGAAGCAGAACUGUUGAAUCAUGUAAAAUCAGAACAUCUCAAAAUGGUACAACCCUUCAAAUGUAUAUUCUGCAGUCAAAACUUUGCAUCCGAUGUAGAGUUCCAGUGCCAUCUCACUACACAUUCGAAUCAGUUUCGUUGCCCAUUCUGUAAUGCUCCUUACCAAUCCCAGGAGGCUCUUGAUAUCCACUUGCAGGCAGCACAUGACCAUGUCGGUGGGAGCAGUACUCUUUCAAAACCUGGUGAGCCAACUGAGACUCCUGAGGAGAUUCACGGAAGGACUUCUGUUGAUAGUGCGAAAAGGGGCUCAGUGACGUCAGAAAGCAGUAUGAAAAGUCCAAAGCCCAAAGAAGACAGUGCUUCUGAUGAAGUGGCCGGAUGUUUUACCUGUCAGAUCUGUGAUAUCAUGUUUCCUCUAAAAUCCCUUUUGGAGAAGCAUCGGGAAACAGAGCACAACAUCAAGGCCAGGAGUGCUACUAUCAAAAUGGAAAUGACCCAGUCCAUCAAUAUUGCAGACCAUAUCAAAGGAAAGUUUUCAUGUCAGAUUUGUCCAGAGAAGUUCAAAUCAAAGUUUGAAAUGAUGAAGCAUUUGAAUAAUCACAGUAUGCAGGAAAAACAAACCUUAGCCCAAAUCGCUCGAUCAUCCAAAUCACCAGCAGUGUCACCCCGUUCUGAUAGUCCUCAGCAACCUUGUGUUUGUCAGGUCUGCCACCAGUCAUUGCGCUCUGAAGCGGAAUUCCUUGAUCACACCCAGAGACACAAUAUAGAUUUGUCUUUAGGUUCAGAGAGAAUCCGCUGCUUGGUUUGUCUUCAGCAGUUGACGUCUUUGGUAGAACUACAACUGCAUGCUCGCCAUCAUACUCAGAUUGUAUCAUCAUUGUCUGGUCAAGAGCUCUAUCCUUGCUAUUUAUGCGGGAAGGCAUUUGCAAGCAGAGCCGAUGUGGUACCAAAGCUUGACAGUGAUGGGCGGCCGUGUUUCAGCUGCAUGCGCUGUGUCAAAACAACCCUUGAAGCUCAGUUUCAUGGUGUCACAAAGCCAACCUCAGUCAAUCAGCUUGGGGGACAGUUUUCAAAUGCCAAAGGAGAAAUAGUCCCUGAUUCUAUUGUAGCCGUGCAUAGGUGUACUGUUUGCAGGGUCAAGUUUGAAACACAAGAAGAGUUAGUCAUUCACAUGCAGGUUCAUAGCCAGGCAACAUCCAACAGAGAGGCUAAUGCAAAUGCUGUCGGUAGCUCUACAGGGAAAACCUACCAGUGCAUUAAAUGUCAAAAGACUUUUGCCACAGAGGCAGAGAUCCAACUACAUGUAACAUCACAUGUCCUUGCAGAAGGUGUCCUACACGAAUGUAAGCUCUGCCGCCAAGUCUUUGAUUCCCCUGCUAAACUCCAAUGUCACCUCAUAGAACAUUCCUAUCCCGACAAAGAGUACCGCUGUCCAAUCUGCAGAGCUUUGUUCAGUUGUGCCAAUGACAUUCAAGCUCAUGCUAUUGAGCAUGGAAUGGACAGUAGACACCACAAGUGCAUGAACUGCAACCAGUCUUUCUUCUUUCCCGCUGAACUAAUGAACCAUGCUAAAUCUCACCCACAGUGCCAUCAAGAGAGCAAAUUCAAUUGUGGAGAAUGCAAGCAGAGUUUUGCAUCACUCUUCAGCCUCAGCAACCAUAUGAAGCUUCACCUCAACAAGCCUACAGUGAAGUGUUCAGUGUGCCCUGAAGUUUUUCAGUCUGUCCUGGAAAUGCAGCACCAUUACUUCCGCGUCCACUCUGAGUCGGAUGUGGUUGGGAAGUCAAAGACGUAUGACUGCACUAAAUGUGGGAAGAGCUUUCCCUGUCUUAGCAAUCUCCAGGGCCACAUGCGCAUCCACCAUGAUGGGAAGAAGUAUACUUGCGGUGAGUGCAACAAGGUCUUUGCGCUGGCCCGGAACCUCACCAUACACAUGCGAUCACAUAGCGGUGAGAAACCUUAUCAAUGUCCUAUCUGCGACAAGAGAUUUGCCCGCAAGGAGAACCGGAAAGUCCACAUGCAGUCACAUAGUGGCGUACGUCCGUUCAUGUGUCCUCACUGUGGCAAGAUGUUCUCUAGGAAAUUCCAUGUGCAGGUGCACAUGAGGACCCACUCCAAAUCCCGCAUGUCUUCUACCCACCAAUGCGAGAUCUGCAAGGAUAAUUUUACCCUGGCCAAGAACCUUCGCCGUCACCUCAAGAAGGUGCACAAGAUCCAGAGCAGUCUGCUGCCAACCAUUGUCCCGGACAAUCUAGAUGAUGAAGAAGAGGAAGCAUUAAUGGAUGAGGGUAUGGGUGAAGGAGAGUCUGGUAUGGUGGAACAGGAAGUCAGUAGUAGUCAAGAUGUUGCCAUGGUAUCGGUAGAACAUAGGCAAUCUGAAUAGUGUGAUUUUAGUAGAAUUAGUUAUAGGCACAAGGCAUAGCUUCUGUUGAUUCUAAAUGAUACAUGAUGAUGAAGUUUACAUAUAUGUAAAUAUGUACAUGUACAAGUUUUGUAAAAUCAUUAUUUUUGGAAUGUUUGAUAAUCAUACAUGUACAUACUAUUGCAAUCUGGACUGGUUUUCGUCUCGUCUGCAUAGCAGAGCGAGACUAUAUAGGCGCCGCUCUUCCGACGGCGGCGGCGCCGUCAACAUUGAAAUCUUAUCAGGUUUUUAAAAUGUCAUGAGGAAGUUAGGGGGUAUAUAGACCCAGUUCAUGAAACUUGGACAUAAGGGUAAUCAAGUAUUACUGAACAUCCUGCCUGAGUUUCAGGUCACUUGACCAAGUUCAAAGGUAAUUUAGGGUCAAUGAACUUUGACCAUGUUGGGGGAAUCAAAAUCUUAACUCGGGUAAAGUUUUUGAAAUGUCGUCAUAACUUUGAAAGUUUAUUGAUCUAGUUCAUGAAACUUAGACAUAAGGGUAGACAUAAGGGCGGGCAUAAGGGUACCGGUGUAUCAAUGAACUUCCUGCCUAGCCUGAAUUACAGGCCAUAUGACCAAGCUCAAUUGUCAUUUAGGGUCAACGAACUUUGGCCAUGUUUGGAAUUUGCAGAAUUGCCAUCAUAACUUUGAACGUUUGUAGAUCUAAUUCAUGAAACUUAGACAUAAGAGUAAUCAAGUAUUUUAUUAUUGUAUGGUAUAGUUUUUUUCGAAGUCAGCACUGCUGCUAUAUUGAAUCGCGUAAUGCAGGUGAGACUGCCAGAGGCGUUCCACUUAUUUUGGUUUUUUUUUUCAUUAGAUAAUACUUUCAGGGUGAGCAGUGAAAAAUAGCCCCUGAUCAUUAGUCUCAUAUUUUCACCUUUUGUUUCGACCACUGAUUAUUUACGAAUGAGAAUAUGAUUUUGAUGUAUAUCAAACCCGCUCUUGAUGUUGAUAGAUUAAUAAAUUAGAGUAAAUGCCUCUUCUUUUCCCUAAUUUAUAGCUACAUGUGUUUUCUUUGACACAGAUAGUAGGAAUACAAUAUCCAGUUUUCUAUGGGUUUUUUUAAAUCACAUGUUAGAACAAAGUGACUCAUGAAUAACUGAAAUUAGCUUUUUCAUCCAGUUAGUCUUUUUUUUUAACAUUUACAUUAUUUUUAAGUUCGAUAUAUAGGCUUGAAGUCUUACUCUAUUCUUUUUUUAAUACUUUAUUUUAUAACUAAGCUAACAAGAAGGAAUAACUUGGUUUGACCUUGAUUCCUUUUUUUCCUGUCAUUUCGACGUAGGUGCCACGUUAUUUAAAGUAAUUACUGAUUUAUUUAAAGUUUUGUUCAGAUCACAGUGAUUGACUUCAAUCGGAAUUUUGUCAAGAAGGGAGGAAAUAGAAAAAACACAUAAUUUCCAAAAGAUAAGGGCAAAAGAUCACCAGUCUUGAUAAGCAAAAUAAAUGAAGGCCUACAUGUUCCUCCAGUUCCCAAUAACAUUUGAGACACUCUCCUGACCCCAAAGGAAAUUUGAGCGAUUUUGCAAUUACUUUUUUUUUAAUGCCUAAAUUUAUUCUACACUUUUUUUAAACUGUGAGUAAACAGUGACUGAAUAUUUCAAUAUUGAACACUUGUAAUUUUCAAUUUUGCAACACAUCCUAUUUUCAUCUAAAGUGUGUUCUGCGUUUUGUAGGAGUGAAAUGAUUAAUCAUUAGUUGUUUUUUUUUUGUAAAAGACUCACAAUGUAAAUGACUCGAACGUAGACGUAUUUUCUAUAUGCGGAUAUGAUACAUGUAGAUAAACACUAGGUGUAUUAUGUAAAAGAUAAUUUGUUGAAGGUUGUCGUGAAAUUGAAAAUGAUUACGUAAAUGAAUAUUUUAGCAAAAUUUUCGAUGGAACAUUUUCAUAAGACACGAUUGCUACUAACGUUCAAAUCUUAUGCACACUAUUCGGAUGGCACUAUGUUUAUAUGGGUUUUAUCUUAUCAGAGCUAGUUUUUAUUUCAGAUGCGAAAGGUCCGAUCGUAAAGAAAAAUCAACGGUGUUUAGACACGCGAAGGGUGUCGCUAUUUUUUUUAUACCAAUGAAAUUCAUAUUUUUUUAAUAUUAUAUUUCAAUUUUGAGUAUUUACCCCCACAAAAUGAAGAACAUUGUAUUUUGAUGUCAAAUCUUACAAAAAAGAAGAAGAAAAACUCGUUGGAAAACAACGUUUAUUUUUUCGGAAAAUGUGAAUCUUGAAUUAAUACCUUUUAAACCCUCACCAAACAAAGGUUGAAGGGGGUAUAUGGGAAUCAGUCUACGAUCGGGCGGUCGUUCGGCCCGUUGCACAUCUUAGCAUCGAAGUUCUUCCUCAAUUUUGACAAAUUUUCAUGAAAUUCGGAACAUAGGCCUACAUUGGUCUUAGGGUAAAGGUGUGCAAGGCACAUUUUUGUGUGUGUCAGAAAUCGUGUUGCUAUGGUAACGAAAUAUUAUAUGGCGAAAAUGAGGUUAAAAACAUUGCGAUUCGAACUGGUUCAUCAGUUUCCAACCAAUUCUCAUGAAAUUUGGCGCUUUCUUUGGUCUUGAGGUGAAGAUGUGCAAAAUGAAUUGUGUGUCAGAAAUCGUGUUGCCAUGGUAACAACAUAUUAUAUGGCGAAAAUUAGGUAAAAACAUUAUUCGAACUAUACGUUACCAUUUUUUCAACCAACGAUCAUGAAAUUUGGCUCACACAUUGGUCUUGAGGUAAAGAUGUGCCACACACAUUUUUUUGCAUUUGUCAGAAAUUGUGUUGCCUUAGUAACCACAUAUUAUAGACAAAAAUACCGGAAAAGUUGUGGAUUAAACUACUUCCCAUUUUUUAGCCAGUGCUCAUGAAAGUUAGCACAAAUAUUUCAUCUUUGGGUAAAGGCAUUCAAGAGUUUUUUUCAUAUGUAUUCAAACCUGCACAUCCAUGGUAACGCCAUGGGACAGGGGCAUUAAUCGCCUUCAGUGAUAUUUCUAGUUGAGUUUUCUUUUCUUCUUGUUUAUGACAGAGUUUGUUCUAGAGUUUAUAUUUGACAAAUAAUAAAUGAGAAAGCAUCGCAUUUUUAGUAUGAAACCA